GACCAUCCGAGAACUAAAAUCAAUCAACAUCAUAGAUAAAUAUCUCCUCAAGUAACAAAUCGCCAUUGCGCCACAUCACCGCGACAAUGGCCUCCAAAAUAACACCCUUCGUUUUUCGAUCAGCAUUCAGACCAGCAAGAAUAGCUUCAAGAUCACAAUGUCGGUCGUUUGUUGCCGGCAGCAGAUUAUCCAGCGAUUCCCUCAUGGUUCAUCGCGAUACACCCGAUAAUAAUGCCUCUAUUCCGUUCAAGUUCACCCCUCAAAACGAGAAGAUCAUCGAAGAGAUUCUCAAGAAAUAUCCCCCACAAUACAAAAAGGCAGCUGUUAUGCCGAUUCUCGAUCUCGGACAACGUCAACAUGGAUUUACCAGUUUGAGCGUUAUGAACGAAGUUGCUAGGUUAUUGGAAAUGCCUCCUAUGAGAGUUUAUGAAGUGGCUACCUUUUAUACCAUGUAUAACAGAACUCCAGUGGGCAAAUUCCAUGUGCAAGCUUGUACUACGACUCCUUGUCAAUUGGGUGGAUGUGGAAGUGAUGCGAUUGUUAAGGCAAUCGAAGGGCACCUUGGCAUCAAGCCUGGCCACACAACAAAGGACGGAUUAUUUACUUUCGUCGAAGUCGAAUGUCUGGGCGCAUGUGUAAACGCCCCAAUGGUCCAAAUUAACGACGACUUCUACGAAGAUUUGACACCCGAGUCAACCGUCACAUUACUCAAGGCACUUCAAUCUAGCGCCUCGGAAAUUGCCAAUUCGGAAGCUGGAAAAGGUGCCAUCACAGGCGAAGAUGCCAACGUCAAGUCUGGAGCUGAGGUUGGAGAGGACGCAGGAAGGAUUUAUAAUAAGGGAGGUGUUAAGGUCCCAAGUCCAGGACCAAUGAGUGGAAGAAAGACUUGUGAGAAUAUCAAGGGUUUGACGAAUUUGACGAGUGAGCCAUGGAGUAAGGAGGUUUUCAAGCCAGAAUGGCAAUAGUUUUUUACAUCUUAGGCAUUUGUGGUGGAGCGUGGAUUGAAAAUAGAGGAUACAGUUUUCAGAUGAGGAUUCGUAUGUAUAUAUCCUUGUAUCAUCAAUUUUUUGCAUUGAUAUGAUUUUCCGUGAUGGCUAGUGAUGAAGGACAAAUUUCUAAAAUUUCUUA